UGUGAGUGGCAGGAGCCAUCCGUGGGCACCAUGGCGAAGAGGCAGGACAGCCCUGGCCCGGAGGUCCAGCCCAUGGACAAGCAGUUCCUGGUGUGCAGCAUCUGCCUGGAUCGGUACCGGUGCCCCAAGGUUCUGCCUUGCCUGCAUACCUUCUGUGAGAGAUGCCUCCAGAACUAUAUCCCUGCCCAGAGCCUGACGCUGUCCUGCCCCGUGUGUCGGCAGACGUCCAUUCUCCCCGAGCAGGGCGUCUCCGCGCUGCAGAAUAACUUCUUCAUCAGCAGCCUUAUGGAGGCGAUGCAGCAGGCACCCGAUGGGGCCCACGACCCCGAGGACCCCCACCCCCUCAGCGCAGUGGCUGGCCGCCCCCUCUCCUGCCCCAACCAUGAAGGCAAGACGAUGGAGUUUUACUGCGAGGCCUGUGAGACGGCCAUGUGCGGCGAGUGCCGCGCCGGGGAGCACCGCGAGCACGGCACGGUGCUGCUGCGCGACGUGGUGGAGCAGCACAAGGCCGCUCUGCAGCGCCAGCUCGAGGCAGUGCGCGGCCGCCUGCCACAGCUGUCCGCAGCUAUCGCCUUAGUUGGGGGCAUCAGCCAGCAGCUGCAGGAGCGCAAGGCGGAGGCCCUGGCCCAGAUCAGCGCAGCCUUCGAGGACCUGGAGCAAGCGCUGCAGCAGCGCAAGCAGGCGCUGGUCAGCGACCUGGAGGCCAUUUGUGGGGCGAAGCAGAAGGUGCUGCAGACCCAGCUGGACACACUGCGCCAGGGUCAGGAACACAUUGGCAGCAGCUGCAGCUUCGCGGAGCAGGCCCUGCGCCUGGGCUCGGCGCCGGAGGUGUUGCUGGUGCGGAAGCACAUGCGCGAGCGGCUGGCGGCGCUGGCGGCGCAGGCCUUCCCCGAGCGGCCGCACGAGAACGCGCAGCUGGAACUGGUCCUCGAGGUCGACGGGCUGCGGCGAUCGGUGCUCAACCUGGGCGCGCUGCUCACGACGAGCGCCACCGCACACGAGACGCUGCGCGCGGAGCUCACGGGCCCCGACGGCGCGCGCCUCCCCGUGCCCGUGGUGGACCACAAGAACGGCACGUACGAGCUGGUGUACACGGCGCGCGCCGAGGGCGAGCUGCUCCUCUCGGUGCUGCUCUACGGCCAGCCGGUGCGCGGCAGCCCCUUCCGCGUGCGUGCCCUGCGUCCUGGGGACCUGCCGCCUUCGCCCGACGACGUCAAGCGCCGGGUUAAGUCCCCCGGUGGCCCCGGCAGCCACGUGCGGCAGAAGGCGGUGCGGAGGCCCAGCUCCAUGUACAGCACAGGCGGCAAGCGGAAGGACAACCCCAUUGAGGAUGAGCUGGUGUUCCGAGUUGGCAGCCGUGGAAGGGAGAAGGGCGAAUUCACCAAUUUACAGGGUGUGUCCGCAGCUAGCAGCGGCCGCAUAGUUGUAGCAGACAGCAACAACCAAUGUAUUCAGGUUUUCUCCAACGAAGGCCAGUUCAAGUUCCGCUUUGGGGUCCGAGGGCGCUCACCAGGGCAGCUCCAACGCCCCACAGGUGUGGCAGUGGACACCAACGGAGACAUUAUUGUGGCAGACUAUGACAACCGUUGGGUCAGCAUCUUCUCCCCUGAGGGCAAGUUCAAGACCAAGAUUGGAGCUGGCCGUCUCAUGGGCCCCAAGGGGGUGGCCGUAGACCGUAAUGGACAUAUCAUUGUGGUCGACAACAAGUCUUGCUGUGUCUUUACCUUCCAACCCAAUGGAAAGCUGGUUGGCCGUUUUGGGGGCCGUGGGGCCACUGACCGUCACUUUGCAGGGCCCCAUUUUGUGGCUGUGAACAACAAGAAUGAGAUUGUAGUGACAGAUUUCCAUAACCAUUCAGUGAAGGUGUACAGUGCCGACGGAGAGUUCCUCUUCAAGUUUGGCUCCCAUGGCGAGGGCAACGGGCAGUUCAACGCCCCCACGGGAGUAGCUGUAGACUCCAAUGGGAACAUCAUCGUGGCUGACUGGGGCAACAGCCGCAUCCAGGUAUUCGACAGCUCUGGUUCCUUCCUGUCCUACAUCAACACAUCUGCAGAGCCACUGUACGGCCCACAGGGCCUGGCGCUGACCUCGGAUGGCCACGUGGUGGUGGCCGAUGCUGGCAACCACUGCUUUAAGGCCUAUCGCUACCUCCAGUAGCUGCACAGGGGCCCUGCUGGCUCAUGGAGGGACGGACAUAGGGGUGAUUGGACAGGAGGGUUUGGCCUGCAGGUGGCCAGGCCUGGCAGCGCUGAAUGUGGGCUGUGGGCAUGGGUGUGCCCAGUGCCCUCCCUCUCCCCGUCUCCCACCUCCACGGUUGCACUUUAUUUAUUCGGUUCUUGCUUUGGUGACUGGGUGGGCCUGGACUGUGGUCCCAAGGAUGUGUGCAGAGCUUCACCCUACCCCCUUUACACACCUUCCCUGUCCCCUCAGUCUGCUCCCCACCCUGCAGCCUGGGGCCAGAACAGCCUCUUACUCCAGAGCAGAAGUCCCUCUGGUUGUCUCCCUGCCACCCCAUACACACUGACAGAGACAGCAAUACCCCACCCCCAUAUUAAAUAAAUGUGUUUGCCACGUA